CUCUCUCUCUCUCUCUCUCUCUCUCUCGCUCUCUCUUCCCCCGCGCCCCCACCCCCCAAGACUCUCUGCAACUAAUCUCUCCCUCUCCCUCUCCCAUGGCGAAGAACAACGGAAACAAAGGUGGUGGUAAAUCAAGAAUGGGCAGGCAGAAGAUAGAGAUUAAGAAGAUCAUGAACGAGGAGGCUCGUCAAGUUUGCUUCUCGAAGAGACGAAACGGGCUGAUCAAGAAAGCUGGUGAGCUCUGCAUUCUUUGUGGAGCAGAGGUAGCCAUCAUUGUUUUCUCCCCGGCCGGUAAGGCCUUCUCUUACGGCGAUCCCUCCGUCGACGCCGUCAUCAAUCGGUUCCUCGACCCUUCUACACAUGUUCCCUCCCCACCCGAUGCCCACCGGGCGUGCACCAUUCAGCAACUCAACAGCCAGCACGACACGCUCGUCCAACAAAUCGAGGCCGAGAAGAAGCGCCGCGUCGAGUUGCAGAAGCAGCACCAGAGCGAGGGACUCAGUCGCGUCGGCUCCUACUGGGACGCCGACGUCGAGAACCUGUCGCCGGACCAACUGCAGGAGUUCAUGGUCGCCCUCGAAGAGAUGAGAUCGGCGCUCUCUAAUCGCGCAGAGGAACUCAUGAUGGGAAUGGCUAUGAUGCAUCUGCCGGCCUCCGCCGCUCACCACCACCCCCACUUUCCUCCGCAGUCAGUCCCUCUUCCUCCUCCCUUUGCUUCUAAUUCCUCCACUACUCCUCUGCCUUUCCACUCCUUACUGGGUAGCCACAACACCAACUCCAUGGCCAUCCCAUUCACUAAUAGCAACAGCCCUUUCAUGGGGUCGUCGGACCCUCAUGGAACCAUGACAAACUCCAGCGAUUAUUUCAUCGGCAACCGGACUGCCGGCCGUCCCUUUUACCUUCUUUGAGGAGUUCUCUGACUUGAGCCAGACCAGACAUCUGUAGGUGCCA